CCGAGCGGAUCAGUCGCCGAGCAAACGAGAUUCGCACAGCAACGCCACCAGCCAGCAGCAGCAGAAAAAGCCAUCGCGAUCUCCGCCAGCAGCAUAUCCAUCAUCCGGAGAGUCAUGCAGGUCAAGUGCCUGAUCAUCUGCCUCGCUUUGGGGCUGCUCAUGCUGGCCACGCCCCUUUGCGAGGCUCGGCGAGGGCGUGGCCGUGGACGAACCAAGUCCAGGGUGCAGAUCGGUCUGCCAAUUACGGGAAAGUAUCGAGAUCCGGAGUCCGAUCAGUACUACAACAACAAUAAUGGCGCCAAAAUCCUGCAAGCCUCGCACUUUGAUCUUGAGUAUGUUCUGGGCCACAAGAUCGCCUUCCUUUGCGUGGCCAAGGGAAACCCCCGACCCCACAUCACGUGGUACAAGGACGGGGCGGAGAUCUACCAGCACCUCUACAUGCACGUCCAUGAGUGGCGAAUCGGCGACGACAAGGUCAAGUCGAAGAUCGAAAUUGACCCUGCCACCCAAAUGGACGCCGGACUCUACGAGUGCACCGCCGACAAUAUGUACUCCAUUGAUCGGCGCAGUUUCAAGACGGAUUUCUCCAUUGCCUUCGACUGAUCGGAACAAUCCAUUGCCACCGUUUUGUCUUACAAUUUUUGCAGAAAUGAUUCGGUGAUAUAAAGUGGGAAUUAUUGUUUAGGCCAUUGGGAACCUUUUUUUCUUGCAGUUUAAUAUAAAUUUUAAAAAUAUUAAGAAAUAGACUUUGUAAAAUUGUACAACUUUGAAAGAAAUGGUUUUCUAGAAAAAUAUUCUGUUAGAUAGGGCAUAAACUGUUUCUGUUUAUAAUAAUAAACAUAAAUGUGUUCCUAAAAUCAUGACUGGACAUAAUAUUUUUUAAUAA